UAGCUGAGGGCUUAAAAACAGCAUCAUAACACUACUGCUUAGUUGUGUGAAGCAGUAGAGAAACUGAGGCCUUUCUCCUGGAAAUACGUUCAGGUGAGGUUUCGAGAUGCAGGGUUUCUACUUGACUCUGUGGCUGUGUGCUACCCUGUCAGGGCCCCUACAGGCAUCACCUCUGUUUGUUGAAGGGGACCGUAACGCCUCUAGGAUCUGCAAGCCUGCUCCAGCCUGGGAGAUCAAGGGCCAAGGGGCCCCCAUGAAGGAGCUACUGGGAAAUGUAGUCGUUCUUGCUCUACUGAAAGCUAGCUGACACUUCUGCCUCACACAGGCCUCCAAACUCCAAGGCCUGCGUGAGAAGCUGCUCCGCGGCAACCUGACAGAUGUGUCUUUUCUCAUCGUAAACGAGCGGGAGGCACAGUCUAGAGCAAUGUACUGGGAGCUGAGGAGGAGGGCCUCCCCAGCCAUCCCUGUCUACCAGCAGGCUCCGCUACAGGAUGAUGUCUGGGAGGCGCUAGAUGGAGACAAGGAUGACUUCCUGGUAUAUGACAGAUGUGGGAGAUUGACAUUCCAUAUAGUCUUGCCCUACAGCUUUCUCCACUACCCCUACAUAGAGGCAGCCAUCAGAGCCACCUAUCAUAAGGACAUCUGUGGCAACUGCACCCUCGACUUAAACUCGACCACUUGGAACAGCACCCAACACAAGUCCUUGAGCGGCGUGGGGGUGAUUGUUAACGAGACAGACGGCACAGCGGCCAGUGCUCUUACGGUGACUGAAAACAGCAGCCCAGCUCCGAAUGAGGGUGGCGUGACACAAACACAUCACCAUGGUCCGGGCCAGCAUCAUCAGAACAAACAUUACCAACGCCAACACACCCAUGGGUCAGACAUAAGGGGAUUGGGUUCCAAUUAACAUCCUCUGGAUCAUUUCUGAGACAAGACAUUGUUAGUCAGCAUGGUGGUGAUGGCUUGUCCGAUGCUUUUAUAUGAAUCAAAUUAGAUUGGAUCCAUUCAUUUUACUUGGAGACAUUAGGUAAUUCUGUUAAAUCAAGACUCAUUUAGGCCCUUAAAAUACAUUACUGCUUUCCAUUACUGCCAAUCCAGCUCUCUGCAACUUAUGAAGUCUGCGGGUCAAACCUUAGUGAGGUAUUUGUGGACAGAUGCUGUGCAGAGAGAAAAUCUGGAUUGAGAGUAACCUAACCCAUCCAGGGAAGUGAGCUUCAAUUCUGGGAAUACUUGGGCAUUUAGAUGUUAAAGUUUUGGACUUGCUGUUUCUUCUGUGGAUACUGGAGUGAUUACUCAUUGUAUCCCUAGUGUUCCAUGAUCCGACACAGGUUAUUAACAAGCUUGUAGCCUAAUCCAACUAUUUUCUACAACCUGAGUGCACAAUUAAAAGUGUAAUUAAGUUA